AUGCCAAUGGAGAAUGUGAGAGAGGACACCAGAGAUGGCCAGAUCAGAGGGUUCUCUGAGUUCUCUAAGCCAGAAUGCUCCGUUAAACUGAUCAAUCCCAGUGUGCCCAGUUCUGGGUUUGAGGGGAAAAGCAUGUUUGGCAGUUCUGAUAGUGAGGGUUUCUAUGAAAGGCUAAGCAAGUUGAACGAGUCACUUGGGUAUAAUCUUGUAGUUGAUGUCAGACAAACCAAAUUGAAUCUAUAUCUGUUUUAUAAGGAAGUUACUCUGAGGGGAGGCUUUAAUCAGGUGAACAAAGAUAGGAGGUGGGAUGAUAUUGCAUCCUCUUUGAAAAUGGAUGGAAGGAAGCUCAAUAAUCCGGAUAUUCUUCUAAAGCUUUAUGCACUCUUUUUGUUUCAUUAUGAGCAGAUCUACUUUUAUAGGGGACCCGAGAAAGUGGCUUCAGUGCCAGAUAUCACUAUUGAUAGAGAGGAUAGCCCGCAAAUGGAAAUGAAGUGCACCCACCAUUCAUCUCAAAUGGUAACAAAUGAUGAAGAGGGGCCUCACGGGAGGAAGAUGCUCAAAAAGAGUUGUUCUCAAUUAAUGUCGACAGGUUUGGGGUCUGCAGAAAAACAAUCAGCACCUGAAGCAGAACAGAAGCAGAUACCCCAGCUGCAUUCAGAGAAAGAUGAGAUAAGGACAAAAGGUUAUGUAUCGGAAGAAAACCAACCAGAAGUACCUGAAGAAGCACUGGAGCAGACCAGCCAGCUGCAGUCAAAGAAAAAGAGGAUGGGGAGAAGAGGUUCAGCAUCAGUGGAAAACAAAGUGGUGGUGCCCAAGAGAAAAUAUAUGAAGAAGCCUGGUGCUCGACUAGGGAUACGCAGUGCUUACCACAUAUUUAUCAAGACAGAAUGUGACAGAUUAAAAAAAAUUCAAUCUCGUAAAGGUCAGAAUCUUCGACAAAUGGCGAAUGAUGCAUGGAAUCAACUAUCUGAGGCUGAGAAACAGCCCUUCCAUGAGCAAAGUAUCAAGGAAAAGGAAAGCUUAGCCAACAAAGUGGUCGUUGAUGAUGAACAAACACAUGUCAUGGAAUGUGCUGAGAACAAGCAGUCUUCACCGGAAGGUGGCUACUACCAAGUGCUUUUGGAUCCAAAUGAUGCAGAAAAUUCUAUUGAUGUCGAUUAGUCAUCUAACCCAACAUUACGAACCGAGUGCUGGGAUAAAUAUUGGCAUAUGAUGUGGGUGACUAAUUUUCAGGAAACUCAGAAGGUGCUUCCCAUAGGAUUUUUGUACAUAUCCUAUGCGCCUAUGGAAUUUUUAUUGCAUAUGGAUCCUUUUUGUUGAUUUGUAGGAGUUUCUGUAUGGCUUGU